UAGGAAGCAGGAACAGGAUUUAACAGAGCCCUGCGUUGUGUCGAGCUGUAUUUGUCAACGCGGAUUGCGGUGAGAGCAUCAAGAGACGGAUUAAAUUAGACGGAUUUCGUUGCUGUUUCGCUGCUGCGUGUAAACACUAUGAACAUGUCGCGGACUUCUCUCCUGCUGAUCACAGUGUUUCUGUGUGGCUGUCUGGUCACAGGGGUUCCAGUUCCAGACAAGAAUGAUCAAACCAACUCAGAUCCGCAAACUAACAAAGACCAUCAACCACUAGAAUCCAGUUUAGCAGAGAAAAAAACAAAAUUAGCAGAUGCAAAUGGACAAGCAGCUCCAUCUGACACAAAACCUGUUAAUAAUGAGAAGGGAACAAAGAGUGAACCUGCAGAGCAAGCUGCUCCCAAGUCUGCUGUCAAAAUUCAUGAUAAGAAGCAAAAAGGUGCCCAACCAGCUAGUCCACCUGACGAAAACAAGAACGAAAAGGAGGCAGACAAAACAGAAAACGGUAAACCAGCGGAGUUAGACAAAGGAAGCCAGGCAGGGGAUGGAAAUGAAAAGACAUCAAAGAGUGAGAAUCAAGAGCAGGAAAGUUUGACUGACAAACAGCCAGCAAGUGUGACGAAAGAGAAGAAUGAGGAGACAGAGAAGAAAAACACUGAUCAGGAUCCUGUACACAAACCAGAAACGGCACAAGAUAAUGGAAAGGCUGAAAAGCCAACCGACACCAAGGAGUUGGAUGGAAAAAAAUCCACCAUAGACGUCAAUGACAAAAAUGAUGUCAAGGAGGAAAAUACAGUACAAAAAACAAAAGAAAAUGAUGGUGGAGAGAAAAAGGCAGAAGAAAAGGAUGCCAAUGAAAAAAAGAAAGAAGAAAAUACAGGAGAGAAUGUAGAAGAAAAUGCAAACGUAAAUGGUGAUAAAAAAGACAAUGCAAUAGGAGAGGGUCCUGAAAAAGAACAUGUAAAAACAAAGGAUGCUGAAGAUGAACAUGCACAUGGAGAGGUUCCUAAAGAAGAUGAACAUGCACAUGGAGAGGGUCCUAAAGAAGAUGAACAUGCACAUGGAGAGGGUCCUAAAGAAGAUGAACAUGCACAUGGAGAGGGUCCUAAAGAAGAUGAACAUGCACAUGGAGAGGAUGCUAAAGGAGAUGAACAUGCACAUGGACAAGGUGCUGAAGAAGACAAUGCUGAAGGACAGAAUGCUGAAGACAAAUUUAACAAAGGAAAUGAUGCUGAAAAAGAAAAUCCAGAAGAAAAGGAUGAUAAAAAAGAAAAUACAAAAGGAAAGGAUGCUAUAAAAGAAAAUCCAGAAGGACAGGAUACUAAAGAUGAAGGUACGAAAGGAGACAGCGAUAACAAUGAAAGCAAUACAGGACGGAACACGAAGUAUGACCAGUCUGGCCUAAAGGAUGAAGCAGAAAGCAGUCAUUUCUUUGCCUACCUUGUCUCUACGGCUGUGUUGGUGGCAGUCCUCUACAUAACUUACCACAACAAGCGCAAGAUAAUUGCCUUUGCUUUGGAAGGAAAGAGAUCCAGAUCCACACGUCGACCUAAAUCUGGAGAUUACCAGAAGUUGGAACAGCAUAUGUGAUCUCAAGCCAUUGCCUGGAGCAGCUAAAUGCACUGUUCGGUGUGAAAGAAGACAGAGAGUGGAUCCUGGUUAAAUAUUUUAUUGGUGCACUCUGCAUUGAAUUCACCUUGUGUUAAAUGGACUUUCUUCUAUUUUGUACCCUUAGAUGUUUAUUGCAUGACUAUGCAGAUGACACUGUUGCCUUAUUGACGGAAUUAGUGAGAUGCAGUGAGGGUAAAAUGAGCAUGCUAUUUUUGCACUUGUGUCGUUAUUCCACUUUUUAGGCAAUCUUGUAAUUUGGCCUGACUAAGGUCCUGACUCAGGAUAUUUAAGUAGCAAAUUAGCUGUUAAAUUCUAGUCUUGUUUGUAGGAUAUAUUAGAGAUUGCACUUUGUACUGAAACAAGCCAUUUGACUAUAUGUAAAAUUCUGGCCCUGUGCUGUUUCUUUGAAGUUAUUUAAAUGUCUAUAAAAUGUGUCGAGAUUCUAUUUAGAUGUGCAGAAGUAUCAUAGUGGGGUUUCUACUCCUGUUCACAAUCAUAUGGUUGUAGUCUAAUGAAUGUAAUAGCAACCUUUAUUUUCCAAAUGAGAUGUUAGCUAGCACUGGGCCCACCCACUCCAGCUUCUUAAAGAGUUUAUUUAAGAACUAAAUUGGUAACAUCUGUGCUUAGUUAGUAGUUUAACAAUUUAAAACAUGUUUGUUUAAUUUUUGCUGAGAAUUAAAUAAUAAAAAAAGAACACCACUUAUAUUUGCCUGGCAAAUACAACAGCUGCCAGCUAGCUUAGCCUAGCAGAGAUUGGAAAUAGGUAAACGGCUAAGCUGGCUCUGUCAGAAGGUAGCAAAAAUUGGCACCGCUAAAUGUCGGUAAUAAAUAUGUAGUAUACGUUUGGUUUAACUCAUUAAAAAACAAGUUUUAAAACAACAAGCAGUUUCACAAGGGGUCACGUGCUGCACCAUUUCUUUAAGCUUCUGUGAGCUUUUUUGCUAAGCUAAUGGGCUGCUAGCUGUAGCUUCCUACUUAGCAUACAUAUACGAGUUUUAUCUCUUAUAUUCCUUUAAAAUACAGCUAAAUAGUUGAAUUUAAGCUUCUCUUAGGGUGUUGAUUACGCAUGUAAAACUUUUUUAUUUUUACAUACUGUCUGUCAUGAAGUCUGUGGUAGAAUUACUGAAAUGUUCUAUUUCAUGAAAACUGUCAGUCUUCUUAAUUUGUGGCUGCCUGACACUUGUGGCCAGUUAUUCCUGUUUUGGAUGAACAUAUGUAGCUUGUACCACUUGAUGCUUUGCAUAACAACUCUAGUCUGAAUUGUUGGUUGGGGUAACCUACAUUUUUUACGGAAAAUGGCCUACGGUCAAUAGUUUUGACUGAAGUGCAGUGUUGGGAAAAAAAUGAGUGUCUGGUUUGACCACUAAUACAUAAGAGUUCAUCUUUCCUCUAGACUAGAUGUGUGCUUCUGUUCAGUGAUGACAGACUUGUGCCAAAUAGUGAAUGGUUUUACUGUGAUUCAGUGUGUUGCUCUUGUAUUGUGCCUGUUUUCAAUAAUUAACACCCCAUUUGUAGCCGGUGGUGGUCACAGAAAGACGGUUCUGUAAAAAGUAAAAUAACUCCGUUGUUUCUUGGAAGAAGCAAGUUCAUGUUAGGUUUAAAAAUAUAUUUUUUAUGGAAAAAUCUGCGAAGAAAUUUGAGCAUUUUUAUAAUAUAUUUUUGUUACAAGACAUUCCCUGUUUUUCUCAGUGAAAUUAGGCACCAGAAUCAAUUCGAAAACAUCAUGACCAUCGAGCUAAAUAACUCAGAGUAAGGUAUUUAUUUCACUUUGUUCAAAAUGACUGUCCAUAAACCUGAACUGCUGUCCUUCAAAUAUAUCAUUGCACAUCUGGCUGAGAGCUAAAAAUAAAGGCUUUUUGUACUUUCUCGCCUCA